AUGGAACCUGUUAUGAAAGUGGCUCUUUUCGGGGUCGCUGGAAAUGGCAAGUCUUCUAUUGGUAAUAUGUUAAUUAAUGGUGAUAUGUCGGGGCCUUUCCCGGUUAAUGAUGGUGAAGUUGAGGUAAGAAUAGAUGGGAAUAUGAUGGUUGCUUUCUCAGAAAUUUAUAAAGUAAUCGACAUGUCCGGAGUAGGUCAAUUGAAUUUAAGCGAUAAUUCACGUGAGGAGUUCGUCGAAUCGAUUCGAAAUUGUUUCUCAAAUCAACAUUUACUUCUCAACUUUAUAUGUUACGUAACGAAAGAAACAAAAUCUUAUUUAGAAGAAGAAAUGAAAAUGUUUUCAUUAUUUAAAAAAGCUUUUAAAGGGGGUGAAAGAAAUUUUGUCAUCAUCUUUACCAAUAGUUCACAAGAAUGGGUUAACAAGAAUAGGGAUGUAUUAGAGGGUGCUUUUGGAAUUCAUCCAAUGAUUGGGGUCGACUUUCCCUUUAAUAAUAGUUAUGAUACUCGUGAGCAACAAGUACAAAGAGCGAAAAGUCUAGAGCAAUUAAACAGUCAAUUUUUGAAUUUAAGACUUUCAUGUAAUGAUUUUCGGAUUAACAACUCAUUCGAGACAAAAGAGGAAAAAUUUGCAGAAGCUGUCACCAUAUUACCAUUGUUAGGCACUGUAUAUAGGUUGUUCUCUGCUGGUAUUUAUUAUAUGGCAGGGAAACCAGAAACAUCAAAAGAGAGACUUCCAGAAGGAUCUGUUAAAGGAAUUGUAAAGCUGAGUUUGGAGUUGUUGAUGAUCAUCUAUUUCAAAAGGAACAAAUGCCUUGAAACAACACAAUAA